AUGGAUUAUGAAUAGGUUAUGAAUGAUAAGAAGUUAAGAGAACAACUAGAAGGAGGAGAGACAAUGGUGUUAUCAAUGAAAGUGAUUAAGUUCACAGGAUAAAAUAAAAAAUUAGCUAGAGUGAUAGUAAAGAAGUUUAAUUAUUUGAUGCAUAGGCAAUUACAAAUAAGAAUAUAUACAACAUAUCUCCAGCAGAAGGAAGUGCAGUAAAGAACUUCUUCUAAAAUUUAGUAUCUAAGUAACUAUAUUUUAUUUAUAUGUUUUAGAUCAAGAAUAAAAAGAAAAAUAGCAUUAUCAGCAAUCACUGGAAUAACCAUUUCAAAAAUAGUAAAAGAAUUUAUUCUUCAUAUUCCAACUGAAUAUGAUCAGAGAUAUUAGGUAGAUGAUUAGUAAAAAUGAUAUGUAUAUUAUAGAUUGGCACUAAUAAUAUAAACAUUAUGUGAAGUAUAUGUAAAACACAAUUUAAAGAAGAUUAAAUGUUUCUUCAUUGAAGAACUAAAUCUAAGUUAAUAUACAACUACUAAUUAUGAUAUUAAAAAGAAUAUUAGAAGACAAUUACCAAAGUAAGGAAAUGAAAUGACUGUUGAUGAAGUUAAAUUAGCAAUGCAAGCAUAAAGAGGAAAUGUAUAAACUUUGUAUCAGAAAUCUAAUACUCCUGAAAUUAGUAUUGAAGAUUUUACGUUAAUCAAAAUGUUAGGAAGAGGAGCAUUUGGAAAAGUAAUGUUAUGUGAAAAGAAAGACUCUAAAGAGAUUUUUGCUAUUAAAAGUUUAAGAAAAGAAGAUAUUAUAUCCAGAGAUCAUAUUGAAUAUUUGAAGACAGAAAGAAAAAUAUUAGAAUAGACACAACAUCCAUUUCUGGUUUCAUUAGAAUAUGCCUUUAUCACAUAAGAAUGUGUUUAUUUUGUGAUGAAAUUUAUGAUGUAAAAAUUAUAAUAUGUUUAGAGGUGGAGAAUUGUAUACUCAUUUAUAGAAAAUUAAUAAAUUUAAUGAAGACUUUGCUUUAUUUUAUUCAUCAUAAGUUUUAUUAGCAUUAGAAUAUUUACAUAAAUAGGGAAUUAUUUAUAGAGAUUUGAAACCAGAGAACAUUUUAAUGGAUGAGAAAGGAUAUGUUGCUUUAACUGAUUAUGGAUUAGCAAAGUUCUUAUCUAAAGGAUAAGUUACAUAAUCUAUAGUAGGCACACCAGAAUAUUUAGCACCUGAAGUUAUCACUUAAUAAGGACAUGCAUUUACUGCUGAUUGGUGGUGUUUGGGAAUCUUGAUGUAAUUUAUUAACAUUCUAAAAUUUAAGCUAUGAAAUGCUAUGUGGUAAAACACCAUUUUUUUCAGAAAAUAGAAAUCAAAUGUUUAGAAACAUAGUAGAAUCUGAAUUGAAAUUUCCAUCAACUCUACUUAUUACUCAAGAGUGUAAGAGUCUACUUUCUAGUUUAUUAAAGAAAAAACCUAAUGAGCGUUUAGGCAAUAAGGGAGAUGCAGAAGAAAUUAAGAAACAUCCAUGGUUCAAACGUAUGGAUUUCUAAAAAUUGAUAGCAAAAGAAGUAAUAUAUUUGACUACUGUUUAGUUAUAAGCCCCAAUAAUUCCAGAUUUAUAAUCUGCCACAGAUUUAUCAAAUUUUAAUCCUUAAAUUUUAGAUGAAAGUAAUUUAAAAUAAUAUUAUUUAAGAAAUUGAGGAGAGUGAGCCUUAAGUAACGACCAAUACUUAAGCUUUGAAGAAAUUUGAUUAAGAAUUCUAUGGUUUGAAUUACAAAAAAGAAUAAUGAGUGUAUUAUAG